GCCACCGCCCUUCGCUGUUUCCCCCGCCGCCUCCGCCUUCCUCGGCCUCCUCCGCCGCUCCCCUUCUGCGCCGCCGCUCGUUGUACUUUGCCAACCGAAAGCCGUCCGUCCGCGCUGCUCACCGCAUCACACGACAAUGCUUGAUAUCAACCUCUUCCGCACCGGCCGUUGCGGUAAGAAAGAGGACGGCGAUCCGGACGCCGUCCGCGAAUCGCAACGCAGUCGCUUUGCUUCCGUAGAUAUUGUCGACGAGGUCAUCAACCUAGACGAGCUGUGGCGCAGUAGGCAGUUCGAUCUGGAUAAUAUCCGAAAGGAGAUCAACGCCACCAGCCGAAAUACGGGCAAGCUGAAGAUGGUCAUGCGUCAGGUUGAACAGAAACUCAAUGCGAACAAGGAAUUACAGAAAGACAUCGAGGAAAAGUUGGCUGCCAAUGCUGAGAGCAAGCUAGAAGGUGUCCAUGAGGAGCAAAUUAAGCUGUCCAUUAGGUUGAAUGAACUAAACGAAUCCAUUGAGGAGUAUUGCAGCAUGAUGAGAAAUAACGAACUAAAAGUUAAGGAGCACAUGGAAUCCACCAAUCAGAUAAAGGAGAGGUUGGCUGCCACAGAAGCUGAGGUGCGGCGCAUCAAGAUCAUGCUUGACACCAAGCUUAUGGCUAUUGGCAAUAUUGUGCAUGAAUCUGUGCCCAUCAGUGACAAUGAGGAAAAUAAUGUUGUUUUAAGGACAUGGGGAGGAAGGAGAAUGGAGAGAAACUUGAAGAAUCAUGUGGAUCUUUGCAGGAAGCUUGACAUUGUGGCUUUUGAGGAAGGUGUUGAUGUGGCCGGUGGAAGGGGUUACUUUUUGAAGGGUUAUGGUGUCCUCCUGAACCAGGCAUUGAUUAAUUUUGGCCUAGCUUUCCUGCAAAAUCGUGGCUUUAAUCUACUGCACACUCCCUUUUUCAUGAGAAAGGAAACAAUGAGUAAAUGUGCCCAAUUAGCCCAAUUCGAUGAGGAGCUAUACAAAGUAACAGGUGAUGGGGAAGAAAAGUAUCUUAUAGCCACAUCUGAACAACCGAUGUGUGCUUAUCAUCUAGGCAAUCGAAUUCAUCCAGAUGAAUUGCCAAUUAGAUAUGCUGGUUACUCCACCUGCUUCCGAAAAGAAGCUGGUUCACAUGGACGGGACACAGCUGGCAUCUUCAGAGUGCACCAGUUUGAAAAGAUCGAGCAAUUCUGUAUUACAAGCCCAAAUGGCAACGAUUCCUGGGAAAUGUUUGAAGAGAUGAUUAAAAAUUCAGAAGAUUUCUACAAGGAGGUGGGCAUAAUUGCUUUGUGAACAUCUGUCUUGCAGAUUGGUCUGGCAUACCAGGUUGUUUCUAUAGUAUCUGGUGCUCUUAAUGAUGCUGCUUCUAAAAAGUACGAUUUAGAAGCUUGGUUCCCGGCAUCAAACACCUACAGAGAACUUGUGUCCUGUUCAAAUUGUACAGACUAUCAAGCAAGAAGGCUUGGGAUCGCCUAUGGCCAGAAGCUUGAUGAGCAGUCAAAUAAUAAAUUUGUUCAUAUGCUGAACUCCACUUUGACUGCCACUGAGAGGACGCUCUGCUGUAUUCUGGAGAACUGCCAAAAGGAGGGGGGUGUUGAAGUGCCAAAAGUGCUACGAGCAUACAUGGGAGGAAUUGAGUUCCUUUCAAGCAACCUAUGGAUGGCAAACAAGCUGCUGAUAAAUUAAAGUCUGGAUCAAAGGUGGCGUCUGCCUCUGGAUCAAAGGUGCCUGAAAUAUAGCAUGUUUUCAGGCAACGAUCUUCACCGGUGGCUCAUGGGCAUGUAAAGCCGAUUUAGCUUGAUGAGGAAAAUGGAUGGAUACGAUACUAACACAUCUGACCAUUAUUAGGAAGAAAAGUAUGCUACCUGAGAUUGAGCUGAAUCCUUAUGUAUUCUACAGUAUAUCUACUACCGACUGUUGGGUGUGCUUCUGCGUC